AGCACACCGAGCCUGUUCAAACGAACACACAGUCACAUACAAGGAGAGGCAGACAGCCACAGGUAGACGCAAACUGCUCCAAAUCCUCCGAGAUGGCCGGCAUCGCAACCAAGCUCCAGCAUUUCAGGGAGAAAUCCAAAGGGAUCGGAAGCAACGAGCACGCGGUGAAAUACCUGAACCAGGACUUUGAGGAGCUGAGGAACAGCUGUCUGGAGAGAGGACAGCUGUUUGAGGAUGACUGCUUUGAAGCUGUGCCUUCCUCCUUAGGCUUCAACGAGCUCGGUCCUGCCUCCUACAAAGUGCGGGGAGUCACCUGGAAGAGACCCUCUGAGUUGUGCUCAAACCCAAAAUUCAUCUCUGACGAUGCCAACCGGACUGAUAUUUGUCAGGGAGCUCUCGGUGACUGCUGGCUCCUGGCAGCUAUUGCCUCCCUGACUCUCAACAAGCAGGUUUUGUCCCGCGUUGUGCCUCACGACCAGAGCUUUGAAGAAAACUAUGCGGGAAUCUUCCACUUCCAGUUCUGGCAGUUCGGUGACUGGGUCGACGUGGUGGUCGACGAUCGUUUGCCCACCAGAGAUGACGAACUGCUGUUUGUUCACUCAGAGGAGGGCUCCGAGUUUUGGAGCGCCUUGCUGGAGAAAGCCUAUGCUAAAAUAAAUGGAUGUUACGAGGCUCUUUCUGGAGGCAGCACCAUUGAGGGCUUUGAAGACUUCACCGGGGGCAUCGCUGAGCGACAUGAACUGAGCAAUCCCGAUCCACGGCUCUUCAAAAUAAUAAAAAAGGCCUUGAAUAGAGGCUCCCUGUUGGGAUGCUCCAUUGAUAUCACCAGCGCAGCUGAUUCUGAGGCGAUUACACACAGAAAACUGGUGAAGGGGCACGCUUACUCGGUGACAGGAGCAGACCAGGUCGAGUACCAAGGAGACAUGGUGCAGCUGAUCAGGAUCAGAAACCCAUGGGGUCAAGUGGAGUGGACGGGACCAUGGAGUGACAACUCGUAUGAAUGGAGCUCUGUGAGCAGUGAGGACCGGGAGCGACUGACCAACCGUUCUGAGGAUGGAGAAUUCUGGAUGUCUUUCUCCGACUUCCUUCGUGAGUAUUCCCGCCUCGAGAUCUGCAACCUCACCCCGGACGCUCUGACAGACGACGAAUACCAGAAAUGGGCAGAGGUAGAGUUUGAGGAGACGUGGAGGAGAGGCGUGUCGGCUGGCGGCUGCAGGAAUUAUCCAGACACCUUCUGGACAAAUCCUCAGUUUGUGAUAAAGCUGGAGGAGGCGGAUGAUGACGAUGAUGACGAGGAGGAGGAGGGAUGUACGCUCAUUGUGGGCCUGAUGCAGAAGAACAAACGUCGUAGGAGGAAAAUGGGGGAAGACAUGGAGACAAUUGGAUUUGCAAUUUAUGACCUUCCUGAAGAGUAUUCUGGCCAGAGACAGGUGCAUCUGAAAAAAAACUUCUUCCUGCGUAACCGUUCGGCAGCACGCUCCGACACCUUCAUCAACCUGAGGGAACUGAGUAACCGCAUCCGUCUUCCACCCGGAGAGUACCUUCUUGUUCCCUCCACCUUUGAGCCCAACAAGAACGGAGACUUUUAUGUGCGAGUGUUCUCUGAGAAAGACGCAGAUUUUCAAGAGAUUGAUGAUCCUGUAGAAAGCAACGUGGAAGAGAUUCAUAUUGAUGAAGACGACAUCAGUGAAGGAUUCCAGAGGCUGUUUGGACAACUUGCAGGAGAUGAUGUGGAGAUUUCUGCAUUCGAGCUGCAAAAAAUCCUCAACAGAGUGGUUUCAAGGAGAGAGGACAUCAAAACCGAUGGAUUUAGUCUUCCAACUUGCCGCAACAUGGUCAACCUGCUGGAUGAAAAUGGAAGUGGUAAAUUGGGCCUGGUUGAGUUCAAGAUCCUGUGGACCAAGAUUGAGAAAUUUCUGGACCUGUUCAGAUCAAGAGACGUGGAUCAAAGCGGCUGUAUGAGCGCCACCGAGAUGCGGCUCGCCGUCGAGGAGGCGGGUUUCUCUCUGAACAACGCCCUGCAUCAGAUCAUUGUGGCUCGAUACAAUGACAAUCUCUCCAUUGACUUUGACAACUUUGUGGCCUGCCUGAUUCGCUUGGAGUUGCUCUUCAACGCCUUCAAGGAGAUGGACAAAGACGGGUCUGGUACUAUAGAGGUGAACUUCGAGGAGUGGCUGGACCUGACGAUGAUGUAACAGACCUGUUACAGACCUAAACUCUUUUGUGGAUUUGUGGAACCAAUAAUGCCAGGAGUCAUCAACCCUGAACAUUUGCUUGUGUUUUUGCCAAUUGUAGAAAGAGGAUUGCUUAGAGGUUUAUCACUAAAUAUUAAUUUUGAGGGACCAAGUAUUGGUAACAGUUGUAUUAUUUGCCUACACAA